AAAUAUAUUAUAACUAUUAACAGAAGAAAAUCACUCACGUAACAAAAACACUAUUCUCCAUCAAGCCUUUCCUUUUCCUCCCGCCUCCCCCAAUGUUUUAGCUUGUUAGGGUUUUGUUCCCUUUUACAAAGAAAACAGGAAAGCAAAGCAUUCAGUGUUCGAAUCCGUCUUUCUUGCACCGAACUGUUACAGAUUUAUUGGCAACGUUUAACGAAGUUUCGAAUUUAUGUUCUAUAAUGUCUCCAACCUAGAGUGAUUUAUACAAGCUCAGCUUAUUAUAUUCGACGUUUUUUUAUUUAUCAAGUUGCUUGCUAAAAUGCAAGCCUGAAAUGAAAUCUUUGAAAUUAUGCAGGUCAAGCAACCUAGAAGCUUAUCUCAAGCGAUGGGAGAAGUGAAUUUCAUGCAAGAGGAAGAUAUUCGAUUGGAGACUACGCGAGCAAGAUUUGCAAAUGUUGUCAAAAGGCAUGCCCAACUUACAGAGCGUCUCUCCAGGGAUUCUGAUAAGAUGAUAUUUGAGCGUCUACAAAAAGAGUUUGAAGCUGCAAGAGCUUCUCAAAGUCAAGAGAUUAACUUAGAUGGCGAACAGUGGAAUGAUGGGUUAUUAGCUACAAUAAGAGAGCAGGUUCAUAUGGAGGCUGACAGAAAGGCAACAUCUGGGGAUGCAAACGACAUGCUGACAUCUCAUUUCCAAGAAAAAGUUACCUACAGAGUCGGAAAUAAGGUGAUUUGUUGUUUGGAAGGGACAAGAAUUGGCAUAUUAUAUGAAACGUCCUUUGCAGGGGAACCUUGUGAGCUGUAUCAUUGUGUGCUUGAGAGCAAGUCAUUUCUUGAAAAGAUGACCGUCCUUGAACAUACAAUUCCUUUCUUUCUGCCAAUACGGGAAGUAGAAAAUGAUCUUCUUUCUUCUAAUGCCAUGAGAUUUAUAGAUCAUAUUGGAGAAUUAUUGCAGGCUUAUGUGGACAGACGGGAACAGGUUCGGCUCGUUAAGGAGUUGUAUGGAAAUCAAAUAGGAGAGCUGUAUCAUAGUCUUCCGUACCACAUGAUUGAAUUUGUACUGGAAGAUUCUGAUUGCAAGGUGACAGUAAGCCUUAGAUAUCCAGACCUUGUUUCUGUACUUCCAACACGAGUAAAAGUUCUAGCAUGGCCAAUGCAUCAAUAUAAGAAGAGCCAUACGAACUCAGCUGGAGCAAUGGGUUCCCAACCUGUUCCAGCUCGUUUGUCUUAUGCAGAGGAUGCCUUGAGAACCAUGAGCUUACCAGAAGCAUAUGCGGAGAUUGUGUUGAAUUUACAACAAGCCCUGCAGCAAAUGUUUCAGGGGGGAAGCCCUAGUUAGCACUUCACUUCAGUUCAUUUCCUUUUCAGUAUUGUGUGUACAAAAGUUGUUUGGUUUGUAUAGGAUGAUGACAUAUACUUGUGAAUCAUUGGCUACUAUUGGUUUUCCAUAAUUCAGUUAGUAGUAUUUAGGAAUAA